AUGGUUGAGUUCGUCCUUGGUCGUUUAUUAAAAGACCAAGGUUUUGACCUUCGCGAAUACAGCCAAAGGUCCGCGAAUGCGGAGGCAAAUGAGGCAUACCUCCGUGAACACAUACAUGACCCUAUGAACAUGGAGAAGAAGCACCUAGGAAUUAAUGGAGGCUUGGACUUGCAAGAUGGUGUUGAUGCAUCAGGCAGCAGGGCCAAGGAAAAGAGUAUUUACCGAUUCGUGAAGAAGUAUGGAGCUAAUGUUGAUGGAUACAGUCCUAUCUACAACCAGGAUGAAUGGUCCCCGAACGGCGAUGUCUAUGUGGACGGUACCACUGGCUUAGCCAUUUGGGCAAUAACACUGGCUGGACUUCUUGCAGGAGGUGCUCUACUAGUCUACAACACAAGUGCUUUGGCACAAUAA